AUGAACAAUGUAACUAUGUUCAUUUUUAGGGGACUUUCUCAGAACCCAAAGGUGGAAGGAGUUUGUUUUGUGGUGUUUUCUUUCUUGUACACGGCUACACUUCUGGGAAACCUUCUCAUCAUACUGACUGUGCACAUGGGUAAUCUUCUCAAGUCUCCUAUGUAUUUCUUUCUCAACCAUUUGUCUAUUAUGGACCUCUGUUUCUCUUCAGCUGUAACUCCCAAAAUGAUUGCUGACCUAUUAUCCAAGAGAAAAACGAUCUCCUAUGUGGGGUGCACUUUGCAACUCUUGGUGGCACAUUUCCUUGGAUCCAGUGAGAUCCUCCUCCUUCUCAUAAUGGCCUAUGAUCGGUAUGUGGCCAUCUGUAAACCCCUACACUAUAUGACCAUCAUGGACCAGGGCAGAUGCAAGAAAAUAAUGCUGGGGGUCUGGCUAGGUGGGUUUGUACACACUGUUAUCCAGCUGUCUUUUGUGCUUCAGCUCCCCUUUUGUGGACCCAAUGAGAUUGAUCACUACUUUUGUGAUGUCCACCCUUUGCUAAAACUGGCCUGCGCAGACACAUCUAUUUCUGCUGUUGUUGACACAGCCAACAGUGGGACUUUUUCCCUGGGAGGCUUUGUAAUCUUGUUAAUCUCCUACACUGUCAUCCUACUGUCCCUGAGAAAGCAGUCAGCAGAAGGCAGGCGCAAAGCUCUCUCCACUUGUGGCUCCCACAUUGCUGUCGUCAUCAUGUUUUUUGGUCCCUGUACUUUCAUAUACAUGCGCCCUAAUACUACCUUUGCUGAGGAUAAGAUGGUGGCUGUAUUUUAUACCAGUGUCACCCCCAUGUUAAAUCCCCUGAUUUAUACACUGAGAAAUACAGAAGUGAAAAAUGCUAUGAAGAAACUGUGGUGUAGGGAGGUUUUAUGGAAGGCUAAUUACAAAUAG